AACGGCGUCGUUUGAUGGUACCACACUAUUACCCUAACUGGUGAACAACUUCACUCCUGUGUGUUCAUUGCGUGCUACUCGCCGUCGAAGUGGAGCUCCCAUCGCCGGUGUCGCUCCGUUCUCCGGUGAAGAUUGGUUAGGAAGAACAAGAACAAUUCAGAAAAACGAUGCCUCCUUACGAUUGUAUGCUUCUGUUCAAACCCCAUGUGGAGAAGGAAGCUCUCAUCGAUUUGGUAACGAGGGUGGGGAAGCAUGUUUAUAGAAGAAAUGGGGUUGUCACUGAUAUUAAGAGCUAUGGGAUGAUUCAUUUGGGCUAUGGUAUUAAGAAGCUAGAUGGAAGGUUUUAUCAGGGUCAGAUGAUGCAACUGAGCAUGAUGGCUACGCCCCAAAUCAACAAAGAGCUGCAUUACCUAAACAAGGAAGACCGGCUACUGCGAUGGCUUCUGGUUAAGCAUCGGAACACAAGCUUUGGGCUUGACUUCCUCGCGGAGGAAGGUAGACAAGAGCUUAGCAAGUUCUCGGAAAUGAGAACUCUUGAUGGUGGGGACGAAGAUGAUGAUGAUGAUGAUGGUGAUGAUGAGUAUGAAGUGAAUGAAGAAGAGAACAAGGUGAACUAAUAGAUACUCGAGAAUUUGUUUAUGUCCAUCUUGAGAGGAUAAGACCAUUGUGCCUUGUAGGUGCCAAACAUGUGCUUGUUUGAUAGUGCUAGCUAACAAUCAGACAUGGUCAGUGGGACUUGAAGUUGUUAUUUAGUUAACUUUCUUGAUAUGCUAAAAAAACUUAGUUGCUUGAUGAAAUAAUUGAUUUACAAAUAUGGUACUCUUGCCCAUGAAUCUUUGAACGGUUGACCUCAUCCAAGACACUUGUGGUUUGUGACUUUGUGUUAAUAUCUCGAGGGAAACAGUAGUUGCUACUUGCUAAUAGAUACUAGCUAGUAGCUACUUGAAUCCAUCUUGGAAUGUAAUGUUUCAUGCAAAAGAACAAAUUUCUUAAGGCAAUUUCUUUGGUACCCUUUCAAAAUAGAAGGGUUCCAUACCCUUUGCUUUGA